AUGCCAACCACCACGUCCGCGCCUGACAAAUCGAGACAGACUUCCGCUGGGAAAUCGUUCUUCGGGAGGAAGCUGCACAAGGAGAAACCGGUAGACGAUCGCCACGAUGCCCAUACAGGCUUCGAGACCCUCGCGCCUCCUGGAAGCGCCCCGGGUUCUCGUUCCUCUCGCCAUUCCAAGCGAUCCUCCGUCCAGUCCAUGGAUUUUUCCAACGAAAUCGAUCCUGCAGCGCUGUCAAUGACGGCUGGUGUGAUUACCUCUAUCCCCUAUGAAAGUCUCCCCGCCGACACCAAGUCGCCGAUUCCCAUCGACUAUCUCUCUAAAGCCGAAACCUCGCCACGCAAAGAACCAUCCCCGAAUCAUCUUGCCAAGGGAGGCAGUGAUUUCCAUCAGUAUCCCGCUUGGAACCCGGCCACUAUCCGGGACAAUAAUGUUUAUUCUCACCCCACCGGCCCUCGUCCGCCGCCACAUGCGUCUAAUGUAACAAUGGCGGGAAGCUCUUCGGGGGACAAAGGUGCUCGGUAUCAACAAUGGGGACGACCGGGUAGCUCGGCUGCCAACACAGGAUUCAGUCACAACUCUUCAUCUACAGUAGAUUCCUCGUCGCAUUCCCGAAUAUCGUUCGACCAGGCCAGUGUCCACUCGUCACUUUCCUCCAACACCCGGGACACUAGAGGUUCGAGCUAUUUUUCGUCGGACGGAUCUUCUCGAACACUGACAACCUCGCACUCUGCCGACCGCAAUACCUACUCAUCUAAUGGAACCUCUAGCCGACUCUCUAAUGCGCAGGCUGCGUGGCAGUCGGCCCAGCCCGCGCAACCCGCGAAGUUACCAGCCAACCCCGAGCAAUACCUGACCCGUCCAAGGGACGAUCGGAUUGUGGACCAGUUGUUUCUGGAAUUGAUGCAGAAGCGAGGUUGGCAGAACUUGCCUGAGCAGGCCAAACGGCAGAUGCUUGCGUAUCCAGCCUCGAAAAAGUGGACGCUGGUUCAUCAAGAUCGGUUGACGGAAAUUCAGGGCGAACAGAAGCGCAGGCAGAAUGCCCGGCAGACCCAUGGUCACGAUGGGCCGUCGGGGAUUCUGGAGCGGGCCGAUGAAGAGGGAAGCCCGGAGUGGUACGUGAAGAAGGUCAUGGAUGAUUCAAUCACGUCGAAACAAUUAGCUAGUUUGAGCGUCAGUCUGCGCACACAACCAAUCAGUUGGGUGAAAGCCUUUGUCGAAGCACAAGGCCAAAUCGCCCUGACCAACGUUCUUGCUAAGAUCAACCGGAGGAAAGCUUCAGGUCCUGUUCCUGCACCCCCGACUGGUGACAAGGACUUGGAUCGUGAAUACGAUAUUGUCAAGUGCCUGAAGGCUUUGAUGAACAACAAAUAUGGCGCAGAUGAUGCCCUCGCUCAUCAGCAAGUUAUUGUUGCUCUCGUCAGCUCGCUGCUGUCUCCCCGAUUAAAUACAAGGAAGCUGGUCAGUGAAGUCUUGACCUUCCUUUGCCAUUGGGCAGAAGGCCAGGGCCAUCAAAAAGUCCUCCAGGCUAUGGACCAUGUGAAGAACCACCAUGGAGAGACUGGUCGCUUUGAUGCCUGGAUGCGUAUCGUCGAAGUGACGAUCGAUGGCCGUGGAAAGAUGGGUAGCUUGGUGGGCGCGAGUGAGGAGUACCGCAGCGGUGGUAUAGGCAUGGAGAACCUUCUCAUGGAGUAUGCCGUCUCAACCAUGCUCCUCAUCAACAUGUUGGUGGACGCCCCGGAGAACGACCUACAGCUGCGCUGUCAUAUUCGUGCGCAGUUCACCUCUUGCGGCAUCAAGCGUCUCAUGACUAAAAUGGAAGGUUUCCAAUAUGAGGUCAUUGACAAGCAGAUUGAGCGCUUCCGCGAGAAUGAGGCCAUCGACUACGAGGAUCUUCUGCAGCGUGAGAGUAGCAGCGUGAAGGAUAGCAUCGAGGGCGAGGUCAAAGACAUGAACGAUCCUCUACAAAUUACAGAUGCUAUUGCUUCAAGGAUUACAGGUACUCGAGCUCACGACUACUUCCUCUCUGCUAUGCAGCACAUGCUUCUUAUCCGGGAGAACUCUGGCGAAGAUGGUCUCCGGAUGUACCAGCUCGUCGAUGCCAUGCUUAGCUACGUGGCCAUGGAUCGCAGGCUACCCGAUCUGGACCUCCGCCAAGGUCUAACAUUCACCGUGCAGAGCCUCUUGGACAAAUUACAUACAGAUUCAGAGGCAAGACAGGCGUACGAUGAAUCUUUGGAAGCGCGCCAGAUUGCGGAGGCUGCCUUGGCAGAGCGGGAUGAGAUGAAGGCACAGAUUGAGCUGGGUGCAGACGGCCUAGUAAAGAAGUUGCAGAAGCAAAUUGAAGAGCAGACUGGUAUCAUUGAACUUCAACGGAGACGUGAGGAGUCAAUACGGGCUGAGCUCGCCGAUGUUCAACGCUUGCGUGCUCAGGAGUUGCAACGGAACGAACUGGAAACCAGAGAGCUCUACCUGAUGCUUCGGGAUGCCCAGGACAUCGCUGCUUCAAAUGCCAAGAAGAACAACCUCGCAGAAGUCGAUCCGUCCCAUAUGAGGGGCAUCAUGGAUCGUGAAAAGCUCCUUGAGCGGUUGGAGAUGCAACUCGAGCGCACCAAGACCCAGUUCAAGUUGGAGGGCAAGGUAUGGGGUCAACAUGUGACCUCAGACCGGCUGCGCGAACUUCGUGAGCAAAUGGACGGCGAUGUUGAGCCGCAAGAUGGGUUCCAGGACCAGGCUCAUCACGUUGCGGGCUUGGGAUCUGUUCAGCGCAAGCGCAGCCAUCUGCCCGGCAUGGAGAAGGAUACUGUCGAGGGUCAGCAGCAGGAGGGCCAGGUGGAUGAGAACGGAGAGAUCAUCUAUGAAAGGGCGCGUCUGGUCGACCUCCAUCGGCCACGACUUAACCCUAAGCAGGCGAACGGCCUCCUGGGAGAAAUUGCCUCGAGGGUACCUAAGAUCGACGCAGACGAUAACGAAGCUACGCCUGUUGUUCCCGAAGCCACGGCGCCUGUCACCGACGAACCCAAGGUUGAGAGUGAAAUUGAGAAGCCCGAGGCCAAGGGGGCGCCCGCUCCACCCCCGCCGCCGCCGCCACCACCACCACCUCCUCCGGGAGCUGUUGGAAUUCCUCCUCCGCCCCCUCCCCCUCCUCCGCCACCGCCUGGUGGUGCCGUUGGAAUUCCCCCUCCCCCUCCUCCCCCCCCUCCGCCGCCGCCGGGAGGAAAGGUUGGAAUCCCCCCUCCACCUCCUCCGCCCCCUCCUCCAGGCGGUGCAGGAUUCCCGCCGCCGCCUCCCCCUCCACCAGGUGCUUCAUUUGGUGCCCCUCCUCCCCCACCUCCUCCUGGCGCAGGCUUUGGAGGAUGGCGAGCCAACUACAUGGCCUCCCAAGCCCUUCCUCAACACAAGACAGCUCUUAUGCCUUCUAUCCGGCCAAAGAAGAAGCUCAAGGCUCUUCACUGGGAGAAGGUUGAUGCUCCACAGGUAACGGUGUGGGCAGCUCACGCUCCCACUGCGCAGGAGAAAGAAGAGAAAUAUGUAGAGUUGGCUAAGAAGGGUGUCUUGGAUGAGGUUGAAAGACUCUUCAUGGCGAAGGAGACCAAGAUCUUCGGAGGCAAUGCAGCAGCGAAGCAGCGCAAGGACAAAAAACAGCUUAUCUCCAACGAGCUGUCCAAGAACUUCCAGAUCGCAAUGGCCAAGUUUUCGCAGUUCCCUGCCGACGAUGUGGUACGCAUGAUCAUUCAUUGCGAUACAGACAUUCUGGACAACCAGGUCGUCAUGGAGUUCCUGCAGCGGGACGAGAUGUGCACAAUCCCGGAGAAUAUUUCCAAGUCUAUGGCGCCCUACAGCAGGGACUGGACCGGCCCCGAUGCUGCUAGUGCGGAGCGAGAGCAAGACCCCAACGAGCUCACAAGGGAAGAUCAGAUUUACCUAUACACCGCGUACGAGCUCAACCACUACUGGAAGGCGAGAAUGCGCGCUCUCGCGUUAACUCGGUCCUUCGAAGUUGAUUAUGAACAUAUCUCCGCCAAGCUGCAACAAGUGGUGAAGGUCAGCGAAUCUCUGAGAGACUCUGUUUCUCUGAUGAAUGUCCUGGGUCUAAUCCUGGACAUUGGUAACUUCAUGAACGAUGCCAACAAGCAGGCUCAAGGAUUCAAGCUGAGCUCUCUUGCCCGGCUGGGCAUGGUCAAGGAUGACAAGAACGAAACCACUUUUGCUGAUUUAGUGGAGCGCAUUGUCCGUAACCAGUAUCCCGAAUGGGAGGGCUUCGUGGACGAGAUCAAUGGUGUCGUCGCUAUCCAGAAGCUCAACGUCGACCAGCUGCGGACGGAUGCGAAGAAGUACAUUGACAACAUCAAGAAUGUACAGGCCAGCUUAGACGCCGGAAACCUCAGUGACCCGAAGAAGUUCCACCCCCAGGAUCGCGUUAGCCAGAUCGUUCAGCGGAGUAUGAAGGAUGCUAGACGGAAGGCCGAGCAGAUGCAGCUCUACUUGGAUGAGAUGAUCAAAUCCUAUGAUGACAUCAUGGUCUUCUAUGGAGAAGACAAUUCCGAUGAGGGUGCCCGCCGAGACUUCUUCGCGAAGCUGGCUUCCUUCUUGCUAGAGUGGAAGAAAUCCAAGGAGAAGAACAUUUCGCUGGAAGAAAGCCGGAGACGCACCGAGGCGUCCUUGGCUCGCAAGCGGAAUAUCAAUGCCGGGCUUGCCAAUGGCGCCGCCUCUGCAAGUGACGCUCCACCGUCGCCAGCUACAAGCGGGGCCAUGGAUUCGCUCCUGGAGAAGCUCCGCGCCGCAGCGCCGCAAGCCAGAGACCAGCGUGACCGCCGCCGUCGUGCUAGGCUGAAGGAGCGACACCAAGUUCGUGUCGCUUCCGGCCAAAAGAUGCCGGAUGUUGCUGGAGCUGAGGCACCAGAAGGAGGGAACGAAGCCGAAAACGAUGGUAGCAACAGCAAGGCGGGCAACGACAAUGAUAGCGAAGCAAAUGCCGCCGCGUCAGGGCUGCUGAGUCCUCCCCUCCUUGAAGCAGAAACCUCUGAGAGCAAGAAGGACCCGCAACAUGUAUCGGAAAGCGAAGACGUGGCGGAUCGUGCCGCGAGCAUGCUGCAGGGCCUUCGUGAUAACAUGGACGGCGACCGAAUGAGAAGACGCCGAGAAACAGCGGAAGAAGAGCGUCGGAAACGCAGGUUACGGAGACGAAACGGAGGCAGCACCAGCAAUAACAGCGCCGAGGGCUCUGCGGCCACCUCCGUGCCCGAACCCAUUUCGCCUCCCAGGACAGAUUUGGAGCCGGAUGAUGCUACAAGUCCUCGAUCUGGAGACGAUCCCCUUCCACAACCGCCCCUGACACCGGCAAUCGUGGUAUCACCAACAGCAGACCAACAGCUUCGGUCGCCUGGUGACGAUGAACUGAUGGAAGGCUCACCGUCGAGCAGAUCCAUUGAGUAG